AUGACGCAGGAGGUAGACAGAACCCCUGGCUCAGGCCAGAGCAAAACGGUCCGAGUUUCCUUCGAGGCUACUGCCGACCCGCAAGAUUCCAGCCCGGUCAUCCAACCUUCUGCAUCAAGCGGCGGAGGGCACCAUAGAUCAGCUACCAGCGGCGCCGUCCAGUUCCAAAGCAACUCCAAAUCAACUGAUGAUGCCGGGGAGGGCUCGCAUUCCUCUGCAAACGAAUCACGGCCGCGCCCGGGGCCUAGUAUGAACGGCAAUAGACGCAAACCUGCUUUGAUUAGAGCAAAGAGUGAACAUUGGCAUGACCUGGGUCCGGAUGUCAGGGCUUUGGGAGGCGAGGAAGAAGAUGUCCAGCUCCGUCAUGGCUGGCAGGAGGAAUACACCUCGAGCGAAUAUUUGAAGAUCUUGAACUCCAGCUUUUACAUGUAUUUUACUGAGAAAAGACAUGAUACCAAUGGCAUCCCGAAGCAGCCGGACGAGGUCUGGAGAAGCCAAGAUUGGCGCAUGAGAGAUAGACUGAAGACUGUCUCCGCUGCACUUGCUAUCUGCCUGAACAUUGGAGUAGAUCCACCAGAUGUAGUCAAAACGAACCCCUCGGCUAAACUCGAAUGCUGGGUAGACCCAACCUCCACGACGGGAGCGCAGAAUAAGGUUAUGGAACAAAUCGGAAAAAAGCUACAGGAGCAAUACGAAACCCUCAGUCUACGCACACGAUACAAGCAGUACUUGGAUCCGUCCGUAGAGGAAACGAAGAAGUUCUGCAUCUCUCUUCGACGCAAUGCAAAGGAUGAAAGGGUUCUCUUUCAUUACAACGGUCACGGAGUUCCGCUGCCCACGCCUUCUGGCGAAAUCUGGGUGUUCAACAAGAAUUACACUCAAUAUAUCCCUGUCUCCCUUUACGACCUGCAGACAUGGCUUGCUGGUCCCAGCUUGUUUGUAUUCGAUGUUUCUCAUGCCGGUAACAUUGUUCAGAACUUCCAUGCCUUUCUUGAAAAGCAUGAAAAGGAGAACGCAGAAGCUCGUAAGAGAGAUCCCAUUGCAUCGCUCCAAAACUACGGUGACUGCAUUCUUCUUGCUGCUUGUGAGAAGAACGAAACCCUACCCACAAACCCUGACCUCCCGGCAGAUCUGUUCACCUGCUGUCUUACAACCCCUAUCGAGAUAGCCUUGAGAUACUUUGUGCUUCAAAAUCCUCUGCAGACGAGCCUUUCUGUGGAUGAGUUUAGGGUCCCGGGUCGCCUGCAAGAUAGACGAAGUCCGUUGGGUGAGCUUAAUUGGAUAUUCACGGCAAUUACAGAUACCAUAGCUUGGAACACUCUUCCUCGCCCCUUAUUUAAGAAGCUCUUCCGACAAGAUCUCAUGGUUGCUGCUUUGUUCCGAAAUUUCCUGCUGAGUGAACGAAUCAUGAGAACUCACGAAUGUCACCCAAUAUCCUCACCAAAACUGCCUAUUACCCACACUCACCCAUUGUGGCAAAGCUGGGAUUUGGCUGUUGAGAUGGUCCUUGCUCAACUUCCAGCUCUCAUUGAACAAGAAGAGGGCACUAGACACUACGAAUACCAGCAUUCUCCAUUCUUCGCUGAGCAACUCACGGCAUUUGAAGUCUACCUCUCGUCCGGGCCUACGGAAAAGAACCCACCAGAUCAACUUCCUAUCGUCCUCCAGGUUCUGCUUAGUCAAGCUCAUCGAUUACGGGCCUUGAUUCUCUUGAGUGGAUUCCUCGAUCUCGGCCCUUGGGCUGUUCACCUCGCUCUUAGCAUUGGUAUUUUCCCUUAUGUUGUCAAACUACUCCAAAGUGCUGCCCAGGAGCUUAAACCUGUCAUGGUCUUCAUCUGGGCUAGGAUAAUGGCGGUUGAUCAUACCGUACAGAAUGAUCUCCUGAAAGACAAUGGCAUUCACUACUUUAUCACCAUUCUCCACCCUAAUUCCCCCAUACCCGUUGCGAAUGUCAGCGACCACAGAGCGAUGUGUGCAUUUAUUGUUGCUAUUUUCUGCAAACAAUACCCUCAGGGGCAACAUGUUUGUCUAUCUCCGGAACUAAUUGAGGCAUGCUUAACUCACUUAUUGGAUACCGAAAACCCCUUACUACGACAGUGGUCAUGCUUAUGCCUAAGUAUGCUUUGGAAUGACUUCCCAGAGGCAAAAUGGAUGGGAAUUCGUGCCUCUGCACCGCCCAAGCUCUGUGAACUCGCCGCCGACCCUGUUCCAGAAGUUAGAGCCGCAAUGCUCCAUGCUCUAACUAGCUUCAUUGGCAUCCCAGAUCUUACUGAUCAGGUAGCCCAAAUCGAAGAGUAUCUUGCAAUGGCAGUGCUCCCAAUGGGCUCUGAUGGUAGCGUUCUUGUGCGAAAGGAGUUCCUGGUUUUCGUAUCCACUUUUGUUAAGAGGUAUCAAAACAAAUUCAUAGUUUCUGCGUAUGAGCAGCUACUGGAGGAGAAGCAGGUUCUAACAACCCAACCUGUCGGCUCUCCGUUGAUGUCGCCUCCCCAACCAUCCGAGAACGGUGUUUCUCACGGUACAGUGAUCGGUUCGAUUUGGAAGCUAGUUCUUAUAUUAUCCGUCGAUCCCCAUCCAGAUGUCGCGCAGGACGGCGGUAUAAUCGUUGAUUUUGUGCACAAAGCACUUUUAGAAUCGCCCAUGGGUACUCUGGCUAGGAAAGCAAGAGAGGACAUCCUUGAACUAUACACACGUGCUCAGUCAAAGAGAACACAGCAGCUGGAAUCCAUCGAUAACGCUAGGCCAAAGACCCCUCCGAGCCAGCAAGCGCCUAAGCCUGAAGGGUAUCUCUCCCUAAGCUUAAGGAGGACAGCCAGUGUUGCUGCAUCCUUGAAAAACAUGGCUUUCGGCUCUUCAUCGAAUAGUCCACAACCUCCAGGCUCUCCCAACUCCGCCGCAUUUGCCAAACCCCAAGUGCCUAAAAGCCGUGUUACGGUUACACCCAGGGGUCGCGCACCUGCUGAGUGGACCAGGCCUCCGGAGGUUAAUGACCAGCGUGCCUCUGCGAGAUCAUACCAGCAAGCACCUACGCCAUCUUCUAGGGGAUUUAAACCGAGAGAUAUGAAAGAAGAUCCAGUUAUUCCAUUGGUUAGUCGGUUCUUAGAUUGGUCAACAGAGUACUUCCGAGAGCCCCAAAUGAAACCCAAUGAGCCUGAUGAGCCCGGUAGUUCAGAUUAUAAUGAACGUCUCUGGCGGCGAGGCAGGAAUGAAAGAAUCAUCGUUGAGACGCAGCCAAUGAAGGCUAGAGCUGGAAGUACUCGCUGGGAUAACUCUGUUUCUCUCAUAAACAACUCGACCCAGCCAAUGAAGAUGUGCUUCCAUCAAUUCGAGGAUCAUCUUGCAGUGGCUGAUGAUAGGGAUACAAUAUGCAUCUGGGAUUGGCAAUCAAAUACAUAUCUCAACCGAUUCUCCAACGGCAACCCUCUAGGGUCAAAGAUUAAUGAAGUCCGCUUCAUCAACGAAGAUGACCAGGCUAUUUUAAUGACUGGCUCCUCCGACGGUGUAAUCAAAUUAUUCCGCAGCUACGAGUCGAGCAAGAAUGUCAAAGUCCUCACGGCGUUCCGUGCCCUGCCUGAACUAAUCCCCAGCAAUAAAAACGCUGGACUAGUCCUCGAAUGGCAACAAGGUCAAGGCAAAGCGCUAGUAGCCGGGGAUGUGAAGGUUAUCCGAGUAUGGAAUGCAGCAACUGAAGUUUGCACAAUGGAUAUCUCUGCUCGCUCUGGAUCCUGCAUCACCUCCUUGACUUCCGAUCAAGUAGCAGGCAACAUCUUCGUUGCAGGAUUUGGCGAUGGUGCAGUCCGUGUCUUCGACCAGCGUCUAAAGCCAACUACCGCAAUGGUUAAAGUGUGGAGAGAACACAAACAGUGGAUUACCAACGUACACAUGCAACGAGGCGGCGUGAGAGAACUAGUCUCCGGUAGCCGCAACGGCGAGGUUCGACUCUGGGAUCUAAGAAUGGAUCGCUCUAUUGAGUCAACCCAAGCGACUAAAGAUACCCUGCGAACCCUUGGUGUUCAUGAACACGCCCCUGUUUUCACCAUCGGAACCAAUCGACGCGAAGUCAAGACGUUCAAUGUCGAUGGCACUCAUCUAUCUACCUUUGAGCCUCACAGCAGCUUUUUGCACCAUACCCGAUCUUCCCCAGUCGUCAGCACAGUAUUCCAUCCUCAUAAAAUGCUCCUGGCUUGCUCGACUCUAAAUGACAACCAUAUCAACCUUGUAUCCUGCUAA